AUGGACGAGGCGAACUGCGAGCUGGCGUGCGGCAUGGUGUCGGCCGCCUACAUCAGGCAGGGGGCCCAGGCGCUGGCCUCGCGGCGCCGCCUGGUCAAGGCGCUUCUGUCCAGCCGGCGGCUGCCGCAGCGCGGCUGGGACGAGGCCACGACCGAGAUGCUGCUGCAGGAUGCCUCCCUGAUGGACUCCAACACGUUCCCCUCAAACGUCGGCGUCGGCGAGCGCGAGGCUCGCGUCGCCUGCCCCCUCGUUGCGCGCCGCCACUACCGCCUCGCGCACGGCGUCGGGCGCAGCGGCGACGUGGCGGCGGAACAGCCCAAGGCGGCGGGGUCCAGCCUGCUGGCCAAGCUGGGGGCGGCGCUGGCUGGGGACGCGCUGGGAAUCGCGGGGCUGGAGGGCAUGGGCACGCCCGUGGUGCUGCCGCUCGCCACAGGCAUGGCGCUCACGCAGACGCUGCUGGCGGCGGCGGGCCAGCGCGGCCCCGGGGCGCGUCACGUGGUGUGGAGCCGCAUCGACCAGAAGACCUGCCUCAAGGCCAUCACGGCCGCAAACCUGGUGCCCGCGGUGGUUGAGCUGACUCGCGACGGCGACCAGCUGGUGACUGACCUGGCGGCCAUCCAGGCAACUGUGGAGAAGCUGGGCGCCAGCCAGGUGGCAGCCGUGGUGACCACCACCUCGUGUUUCGCACCCAGGGCCUGCGACGACGUGAACUUCAUGGUGCCGGUCGGGGGUGCCCUCGUCGUCUCCCCCGCCUCCGCCGACCGGCCCCUCGCCGCCGCCGUGGCGCGCGCAUACCCCGGCCGCGCGUCGUCCGCACCGCUGGUGGACCUCCUCGCCACCCUGCUGCACUGGGGCGCGGACGGCUGGCGGGCGGCGCUCGCCGCGCGCGAGGCGCUGCUCCCGCAUUUGACCGCUCAGCUGCAGGUGGCCGCGGCCGAGAUCGGCGAGAGGGUGCUGGUUACGCCGGGUAACCCGAUAUCGGUCGCCGUCACUCUGGAUGGCCUGCAGGCCGCCGCGGCCGGCAGAGCAGGGGCCAGCGGCAGCGACGCUCCCAAGCGCGAGGCCGCAGGGGCCAGCGAGGCCGCAGGGGCCAGCGGCGGCGGGCUGGGAGGCGGAGGAGGGGAGGGUGUGGCAGGCGUCACGGCAGGCUGCGCCAAGCGCGGCGGCGGCGGCGGCGGCGGCGGCGCCACCUACUUCGGCUCUAUGCUUUGGGCGCGCGGCGUGUCCGGCGCGCGCGUUGUCGCGCCGGGGGCGCCGCGGCAGGAGGUUGCGGGCAUCGCGUUUGAUGGCUAUGGGGCGCACUGCGCCGGCGGCGGCUACCCGCAUGCGUAUGUGACGGCCGCGGCCGCAAUCGGGGGCAGCGAAGCGGAGGUAGACGAGUUCUGCAGGCGGCUGGUCAAGGCCUACGGGGAGUUCAAAAGGCAGGAGACCCGGCGGCGCGGCGGCGGCCGGGGCCGCAGCGAGGGCGGUGGGGCUGCGGGCGGAGAGGGCGCCGUUCGGGCCGUCAACGGCGCCGCUGGGACGGAAGGCGCUGGUGGGGAGGUUAGUCCUGAGGGGGAUCGGGCUGCUGCAGAGCAGCAAAGUGCACAAUAG